AUGGGUCCCAAAUUGCCCCCCUACCCCGCUGACAUCAUUUGUUCCUUUUGUCAGAUUGUUAUCGCCUUCACUUUCUUUCUUUUCUUGUUUCUUUCAUUUUUUUCUCUCUUUCUUCCUUUUUUCUUUCUUUGUUUUUUUUUCUUUUUUCUUUCUUUGGUUCUUUAUUUUUUCUUUGUUUGUUUCUUUCUUUCGCUCGUCCUUCCUUCCUUCCUUCCUUCGUUUCGUUUGUUCUUUUUUUCGUGCUUUCUUUCUUUUCGUUCUUUUUUUCUUUCUCUCUUUUUCCUUCUUUCCUUCGAUCUUUUUUUUUUCUUUCUUUUGGUUCUUUUUUUUUUUUUUUUUGUUUUUUUUCUUUGUUUGUUUCCUUCGUUUCUUUCUUUUUUUCUCGUCCUUCCUUCCUUCCUUUCGUUUCGUUUGUUCUUUUUUUUUCGUUCUUUUUCUUUUUUUUUUUUUUUUUUUUGUUUUUCUUUCUCUCUUUUUCCUUCUUUCCUUCGAUCUUUCUUUUUUCUUUCUUUGGUUCUUUUUUUUUUUUUUUUUGUUUUUUCUUUGUUUUUUCUUUUUUUUUCUUUCGCUCGUCCUUCCUUCCUUCCUUCCUUCGUUUCGUUUGUUCUUUUUUUCGUGCUUUCUUUCUUUUCGUUCUUUUUUUCUUUCUCUCUUUUUCCUUCUUUCCUUCGAUCUUUCUUUUUUCUUUCUUUGGUUCUUUAUUUUUUCUUUGUUUUUUCUUUGUUUGUUUCUUUCUUUCGCUCGUCCUUCCUUCCUUCCUUCCUUCGUUUCGUUUGUUCUUUUUUUCGUGCUUUCUUUCUUUUCGUUCUUUUUUUCUUUCUCUCUUUUUCCUUCUUUCCUUCGAUCUUUCUUUUUUCUUUUUUGGUUCUUUUUCUUUUUUUCUUUGUUUUUUCUUUGUUUGUUUGUUUCUUUCUUGCGCUCGUCCUUCCUUCCUUCCUUCCUUCCUUCCUUCCUUCCUUCCUUUCGUUUGUUCUUUUUUCUUUCUUUCUUUCUUUCUUUCUUUCUUUCUUUCUUUCGUUCUUUCUUUCUUUUGUUCGUUCUUUCUUUCUCUAA